GCAAAUUUCUGGGACCAAAACAAAAACACAAGAUUACAACGAACAUGUCCAACUGACUGAAACUCCAUUCUAAUCAUCUCUCUCUGACGUUUGCCUUGUUGUUUAAAGAAAAACUAUGGGAAAUAACAUUAGCGGGUUUUCUUCUAUAAUAUGUGCUAGUGGGGUACUUAUUUCAAUUUGGGUUUUCCAAAGAUGGAAAGCACUAAAUUAUUUACAAUCGUAUGGGAUUGUUUGCCCAAACAAAGCUCACUUUAUAUAUGGCAAUCUCCACCAGCUGCGAUGGUCAAAAACCAAAAGUAUUCAAGAAAAACAAACUGAAUGGCUGACGAAAUAUGGGAAAGUUGUGGGCUAUUACAUGGGACUUAAACCCAGAAUUAUGUUGGCUGACCUUGACAUUUUGAAAGAAGUUCUUAUGAAAGAUAUCAAUAUUUUCACCAAUAGACCAGAUGUCCCACGAGGUAUGCCAACACUAGUUUCUUUGAGAGAUGAAAGGUGGAAAGAAGUUAGACAUGUCCUAACACCAACAUACAGUCUUCUUAAAUUAAAAGCAAUGUUCCCUACCAUAAACGAAUGCACCGAUCUCUUUAUCAAUAUCCUGAAAGAGAGAUCAGAUCCUUCAACUGAGCUGGAAAUUUAUGAACCAUUUCAAGGUCUCACGCUUGAUGUGAUUAGUCGUUGUGCGCUCGCGCUUCAACUUGAUUGCCAAAGAAAUGUUCAAGACGAAAUUCUUGAAGCCGUCAGAAAGUUUUUUCGCCUGGAUCUCAGUCGGAUUGUGGUCAUGCUUGUCUGCUUCCCAGGACUUCGUUCUUUUUUUCGGAUUCUUUUUCGUUUCGCACCGUCUAAUAAACUCAUCGCCUUUGUCCUCAACCAUGUUCGACUUGUAGUUGACCGGCGCCGUCAAGCAAAAGAGGCCCCUGCAUUGAUUGACGCUCUGCACUUGCUUUUGGAAGCUUCUGAAGGAAAGCAUUCCGAAAUCAAAACAGGAAAACUUUCGUCAGCAUUAUUGAAUGACGACGAAAUAGCUUGGAAUGCCUGCGUUUUUCUUCUGGCCGGCUACGAAACUACUUCCACUGCAUUGGCAUACGUUACGUACUGCCUUAGUCUUUAUCCCGACAUCCAGGAAAAAGUCUUCGACGAAAUCAUCGAAAAAAUUGGAUCUGAUCUUUCAGCUCUUAGCUAUGAUGACGUUUCCAAGCUCCAGUAUUUGGAACUAGUAAUUCUGGAAUCUCUACGUUUAUUUCCGCCAGUGCCACUGUUCGUAUCGCGAGAGUGUAAGGAAACCACAACAAUCAAUGGUAUUACUAUUCCUGUGGAUUGUGCUAUAGACGUUCCUGUAUGGAGUAUUCAUCGCGAUCCAGAGCUGUGGGAGGAACCUUUGACUUUCGACCCACUGAGGCACUCACCGGAAGAAAAAACUAAACGACAUCCAUUAGCUUUCCUACCUUUCGGCGCCGGCCCUCGCAAUUGUAUAGGAGCUCGCUUCGCAAUGCUUGAAAUGAAGUGCACAAUUGCGAAUCUCGUACGCCAUUUUACUAUUAAGACAAGCGAAAAAAAUCCUGUUCCGUUGCCGACGGUGGUGAGAACAACUAUAAUGAACCCUUCAAAUGGCGUGUGGAUUAAACUAGUUAAACGAUAGAAAAUGUAUAACUGAUCGUGUAAAGAAAUUUAAAAUAGAUACAAUUUAAGCUGUAAUUUAUUCAGUGAAGGUCAAA